AUGUCCGCCGAGUAUACUGGACCUCGGAACCCCAAUCCCGGACCAGGCGAAGCGUCCAUCGUGAUUUAUGGCUACGUCCCCUCGGUCGCGCUCGCCGUCGUCGCCGUCAUCACCUUCUUUGCGACGUUCGUGGCCAAUGCGUGGUAUAUGCGAUCGAAGGGGAAGGGGUAUAGGAGCUUCCAUGGGCUUCUGGCGUUUGGUUCGUUGAUGGAAUGUGGAGGGUACGCGGCCAGGAUAUACAACAGCUACCGACCCUAUGUGGUUACUCCCUUCAUCGUCCAGUACUUCCUAAUCGUGGUGGCACCAGUCUUGUUUACCGCUGCGAUUUACCUCUCUCUUACGCUCUUGGUCCAGGGCUUCCACGGUGCGGACCGCCUAUUGAUCCUGCGGCCAAAGAUCGUGCUAGCCAUCUUCAUCACCGCGGAUACUGUCACUACGGGUAUCCAGGUGGCCGGAGCUGCCCUGAUCGGAGUCUCGCAGUCCACUAUAGCCAGAAGAGAGACCCCCAAGGUCACAUCAGCAACGGCGAACAACAUCCUCCUGGCUGGUCUCGCCAUCCAAACCGCCUCGUUCCUCAUCUUCCUCACCAUCCUCCUCGUCGCGAUCUCCCGUGCGCGUACCCCAAUUACAUCUCACGAAACCUCACCUACCUCCCCACUCCAAACCACACAACUAAGGCGUUUCCUCUGGGUUAUCCUCGGUACCUCUCUCUUGAUCCUUUUGCGCACGGUGUUCCGUCUAGCCGAGACAGCCCAGGGCUUCUUCGGGUAUGCCUCAAGCCACGAAUACCUGUUUGGCAUUCUGGAAUAUACCCCGGUUAUCGUCGCGCUCAUCAUCUGGAUCGCCCUACCGCCGAGACGCUUCAUCAGAGCUUCAGAUUCGAGCGGCACGCUGGUCUCGCCUGCGAAAGAAGGGGUGGUUGUUCACAGCUGA